GGCCCCUUCUAAGCAGCCUGUCCGCGAGAAGUCAAGAAGGGAGACACCCACAAUGAAGCUGGAGAACUGUGAGAAACCGCUUCAUCAUUCUUACUGUCCUCCAGUUCUGCCGGGUUCUGUCAGGAACCCUUUGAACAUUCUGGUUCUGAGGCGGAAUUCCCCAUUCCCGGUCAGGUCGCCAGAGCCUCUGGCUGAAAGCUGCGGACAUGAUCCUGAGGGAAGGGUCUUUUCUGUGGUACCUUUACCUGGACAAAAUCUACUGCUUACUGUCUUUGAGAAAUGUGAAGGCCUUGAUGGAGUAUUUUCACCUUCUGGAUGCGCAUCACAGGAACACCUUGAAUGAUGUGCUGUUCUUUCAUUUCCUCCACCAUGUGACUAACCUGAAAGUCACACAGAUCAAGAUAGUAUUUGAUAUGCUGGACUGGACUGCUAUAGGAGAGAUUGGUUUUGACCAGUUCUAUAUGUUGGUCUGCAUACUGCUGUCACAUCAGAACCAUCUGCAAGAUCAGUUUAUGUACCGCCAUUCCAGGGCAGUCUUUGACCUGCUUGAUCUGAAUGGGGAGUUGAAACUAGAUGCAUCCCACUUCCAAAUGUACAGAUUUCUCUUCAAUAUCAAAAAACAGGAACUCCGAGACCUCUUCCAUGACUUUGACAUCACAGGUGACCAAAUGCUUGAUUACAAGGAAUUUAAGCUGUACACAAUCUUCUGCACGGAGAAAUCCAUAGACAAGAAGAAGAGAAAAGAAAGACAGGAAGAGAGACAGAAAGAAAAAGACAAAGGGAAAGACAAAGAGAAGAUUCAUCAUCUAAGGAAGUUGUAUUCGUCUGUGUUCAGCCAUAGGAGUCUCCUAUGAUACAGAAGUGAGCAUGACUAAUUAAAAUUAACAUGGCCACAAUGAGGUAAAGCACCAAAGUUCCUUUCUUUAAUGUAUGUAUUAUAUCUGUAUCCAUAGAGACAUGGUCUCACAGUGUUGCCCUGGCUGGCCUGGAACUGGCUGUGUAGACCAGGCUGUCCUCAAACUUACUAAAUAGUUGAAGAUGACCUUGAGCUUCUCAUCCUCCUGCCUCCAUUUCCUAAGUGCUGGGAGUGACUUUUCUUACUCUAUGGCCCCAAUGCUCUAGGGCUCCUUUCUAGGCUAAGCCCACCUGCGUACCAGAAACUCAAGAUGGCCAAUGGUGAAAGGCAAGUUGAUGGCAUGGAAGCUGUGUUUUAUUUUUCUCUCAAUCUUUGUUUCUUUGAGACUCACUAUGUUAUCCAGGCUGAUCUCCAACUUGUAAGGUAAAAUGAUCCUCUCGCCUCAUCCUUGGGUUAACUGGGACUGCAGGAGUAUGUCACUGUUGCAGCUCAGUCUGUGUGUUCCUUAGAGCUUGAAUUACUCCAACACGUGAAAUGCUUAGGCAACAGAAUAAAACUUACUAGGGUUAAAUA